AUUUUAACUCCCAGCGUCGGUCAGCUGGGUGGGUGUCGCAUUCUGGGUAAACAUGGCGAUAUUUAGUGUAUAUGUGGUAAAUAAAGCCGGUGGGCUCAUUUACCAGUAUGAUAACUAUGUUCCCCGAGCAGAAGUUGAGAAAACGUUUAGCUUUCCUCUGGAUUUGGUGUUGAAGAUCCACGACGAAAAAGUGGUUGUAUCAUUUGGGCAGCGAGAUGGCAUUCGAGUGGGCCAUGCUGUUUUGUCUAUCAAUGGCGUGGACGUAAACGGAAAGUACACAGCUGAGGGAAAGGAGAUCAUUGAAUACCUGAAGGAGGCCACAAACUAUCCGGUUUCCAUAAGAUUCGGCAGGGCUCGCCUGACUUCUAACGAAAAGCUUAUGCUUGCAUCAAUGUUUCAUUCACUGUUUGCGAUUGGUUCUCAGUUAUCACCGGAAUCUGGGAGUUCUGGCAUUGAAAUGCUGGAGACUGAUACAUUUAAGCUGCACUGUUUUCAAACGCUCACAGGUAUUAAGUUCAUUGUGUUGGCUGACCCACGGCAAGCUGGUAUUGAUGCACUCCUUCGGAAGAUGUAUGAGAUAUACUCUGACUUUGCGCUUAAGAAUCCCUUCUACUCCUUGGAGAUGCCAAUAAGAUGUGAGCUCUUCGACCAGAAUCUGAAAAGCGCCUUGGAGAUAGCAGAAAAAGCUGGCACUUUUGGACCUGGCCCUUGAGUCUUCACACUGGGUGUGAAGGUUCAGUCAUUCUGACGUGGUUCACUUCUGCAAUUGGUGGACAAUAUAGAAUCUGUGUGCAAUUACUUAAUAACAAAAUCUUUGCAUUCAUUGUGCUUUUAGUAAAACAGGAAUGAGUGUGGAUUUGAACCAAGCCAGGUGACAUCAAGGGAUCAGUCAAAAAAUGAAGUUCUCGGAAUGUUUUUGAUUAGUCAGUAUGCUCUGCUUUGCAAAAACUAAUCAGAAGACAAUGGUUACUGUGGUGCACUUCUGUGAGGAGAAUGCAUGACCUUGAAAUAAUAUCCAUGGUGUAAAUAUUACCAUACUGGCACAUUUGUGUGAAAAAAAAUUUGUAUAUAAUGUAUAAAUACAUUUCUGAAUGUCUUUCUUUGCAUCAUAUGUAAUUUCCUUCAUACUAAGUUCAUCAAUGAAAUUAAGUCUUCACACUUAACUAUGGGGAAAAAGAAUUAGAAUAUAUUCUAAUAUAUAUACGAAAAUACGUGGGGGGGGGCUAAAAAUCAGGUUUACAGUUGAAUUAUUUUUCUGAAUGUUUAAGAGUGAAAUUGGUCAGUCUGCAAUUGUUUUUAGUGAUUUUUUUAAACGGAUCAUUCCCUCAUUAAAAUGGCAUUAUUCCCUAAAAUGUAUGGAAUGAGUAAAACUGUUCUUUUUAAUUUUUGGAAGUUCUUGCAACAAAGAAAAAAAGAAUGUUUUGCUAUCAGUUACAUACUAAAAUAAACCUGUACAUGUAAUGUU